UAAUGUCGUUCGAUUCGCUUUGAAAAUUAUCUCCCCAUUAUGAUUUAAAAUACUUUAAAGUGUGCAUAAAUAUGCUGAUUACAUUUUAAACACAUGUCUAACAUUCAAAGAGAACUGGGACCAUUUUUUUGUUCCAAGGAGGAUAGUGAACAUUUUGUUUACUUUCUUAUUUUAUCAAGCAACGAUCAAUUUCUUCCGCAGAGCAGCGCCACCGGAAGUUUAGUGACAUCGUUGAUAAACUGAUGAAUGAAUCUUGACAAUUAUACGUAGCCUCUUUCAUAUCAAACUUUGACAAACUGUUUUAUCAAAUAUAAGUCAAUAGAAGCAUAGUUCUGGACAUUGUAGAAUAUGAUGCAUUUGGCUCUGGCAUACAGUGUAUUCAUUGUGUCAAUGUAAUUGAGAAAUUCAACUUAGUGGUAGGAGUGUCUAUGUAAAAAAGAUACAGGAAGCAUAGAAAGGAGGUCAUACUGUGUUAGUUUCCAUAGACAAUACCAUAGGUUCAAUCGACAUUUUGAGACCUGCAGACCAAAAAACUCAGCAGCAUGAGUCAAUGGAAACAGAUUCAGCAACUUGAAAUAAAAUAUCUGGAGCAAGUGGACUAUCUGUAUGAUGACAACUUCCCUAUGGACAUUCGGCAGGUGCUUGCCAACUGGAUUGAGAGCCAGGACUGGGACACAGCUGCAAACUAUGAGUCCAUGGCUACAGUUCUCCUCAGCAAUCUCCUAUCUCAACUGGAGAGACACUGUUCGCAGGAGCUGAACUUCCUGCAAAGACACAAUUUGAAAAUCAUCAACCAGCAAUUACAGAGGAAAUACAAGGAUAACCCUCAGCUCAUGGCGGGAGUGAUUUCUACCUGCCUUCGAGAGGAGCGACGUAUCAUCUCAACGGCCUGUAUGCAGGAGCAGGGUCCUUUAGAAAAGUCAAUGCAGAACUCGGAGGCCAUGGAGAGGCAGAAGAACAUGGACAACAGAGUUGCUGUGAUAAGGAGUAGUGUGCAGAUGAUGGACCAAGCUGUAAAAUAUUUAGAGGACAUGCAAGAUGACUUUGAUUUCCGUUUUAAAACCCUUCAGUCUCGAGAUCCUGUUGAGAGGAACACAAAGGUGAUGGAACAGGAAGUGAUACGACUCCAGGAAAUGCUCAACAGGCUAGACUUUAAGAGGAAGGAGAUACUGUCUAAAAUGAGGGACGUGAUUAAAGAGAUUGAGCUUCUAAUGGGAUCUCAACUCAAUCCUGAGUUGAUGGAUUGGAGGCGAAGACAACAAAUAGCUUGCAUUGGUGGACCACUGCUCACCUCUUUGGACCAGCUCCAGAGCUGGUUUACCUUGAUGGCCCAGAGUCUGUUUCAGAUCAAGCGUCAACUGGACAAGCUAGGUGAGCUUAUCCUGAAAGUAACCUAUGAGAGUGACCCCAUCCCUCUUCAGAAACCACAGAUGGAGGAACAGGUCAAAUUCCUUAUUUACCACCUCAUUAAAAGUGUUUUUUUUUCCAGCUCUUUGGUGGUAGAAAAGCAACCUUGUAUGCCCACUCACCCUCAGAAACCCCUUAUCAUCAAGACUGGUGUACAGUUUUCCACAAAAGUCAGCAUUUCACUUUUUUCCAAAUGUUCUGUGUUCAGACUGCUUGUUAAACUCCCAGAGGUUGAUUAUCAGCUGAAAAUGAAGACAACAUUUGAUAAGGACCUACCUCCAGGCAGAGUAAAUCGGCAAUUCUUCAUCCUGACCAACAACACUAAAGUCAUGGAUUUUGAGGAAUCUUCUAAUGGUUGCCUCACUGUGGACUUCAGACAUCUGAAUGGAGAAAUUAAAUAUAAAGAAAUUAACUUUGUACAGCAGCUCAAAGAGAAGAAGGUUAUCAAUGGAACCAAGGGGAAUGAGGGUCUUCUCUCUGUGACAGAAGAGCUUCACACUCUCAGCUUCGAGGCAAAUUUUUCCAUCCAGGGCAUUAGCGUCGACCUGGAAACCUGCUCCUUGCCACUAGUGGUCAUCUCCAACGUGAGCCAGCUGCCAGGUGGAUGGGCCUCGGUCAUGUGGUACAACCUACUGACCAAUGAACCCAGGAAUAUGGGGUUCUUUGGCAGCCCUCCCCGUGCUAGUUGGAACCAGCUAUCUGAGGUCCUCGGCUGGCAGUUCUUUACCUUUACUGGACGAGGUCUUAACAAGGAACAGUUAAAUAUGCUUGGAGAAAAACUCUUGGGUCAGCAAGUCUCUCACAGUGACUGUCAGGUGUCCUGGUCCAAGUUCUGCAAAGAGAAUAUUCUGGGUAAACCAUUCAGUUUUUGGAUGUGGUUGGAUUCUAUCCUGGAGCUUAUCAAGAAGCAUCUUCUUCCGAUCUGGAAUGACAAUUACAUCAUGGGUUUUGUGAGUAAGGAAACAGAGAGGGCCUUGUUAAAGGAUAAGGAGCCUGGGACUUUCCUGCUACGCUUCAGCGAGAGCCACUUGGGCGGCAUCACUUUCACCUGGGUGGAGCACAAUGAUAAUGGGGAGGCUAAGUUAAUUUCAGUUGAGCCAUACACAAAAAACCGACUCAGUGCACUGCCGUUUGCUGACAUCAUCCGCAACUACAAGGUCAUGGUUGAUGGGGUAGUGCCUGAAAACCCAUUGAAGUUUCUCUACCCCGACAUCCCCAAAGACGAGGCAUUUGGCCGGCAUUAUAAUAGCCAGCAAAACAAAGUCUUUCCAUACAUACCAUCAAUGUUGGUCCCCAUGUCCACUUUGGACCCUAAUCCCAGCAGUACACUGCCCCUCUGCUCAUCCCCUGAACCUCCUAUGACACCAGGAAUGUUUGACAUGCUCAACCAGCAACUGAGGCCCUUUGAGAUUGAGACAGCUAUGAAUUCACCAUACCCAGAGUAACACACAUUGACUGAAAUACAAACGUCUCUCUUCUCUCAGAGACGUUCUGGUUUAUUACACAUUAUUCCCACAAACAAAAGAUUUUCGUAACAUGGAAUGGUUAAGGGAAGGAUUCAGAAAACGAUUGGAUUUCUUUUAGAUGUAAGGGCAUUGCUUCUUUUUUUCUUUUUUUUACUGGAGCCCAGUUUCCCAGAAAGUUAAUUUGUAAUUAAACUAGUGAAACACCAUUAUGUUGAAUGUCAAAAUAUUGCCCCAAUGUGAUCUUGAAAGCCUGUCAGACGUGUCAGAAAGGUGACACAAAUCAGAAAUUAUUUAAGCAUCUGGAAAGGCACUAUUAAGUAAGGUGUCCAUUUUACGAUCAUUAUUAUUGUAUAAGAAAAGGGACAAAAGGGAAAAGUAAAUUAACAUUGUUUCUAUUUCUGAAAUAGAACACAUUAAGUUAAAAUUAAGGUUUUUUCUAUCCCCUAUAAAUUUAGAUUAUAUGAAGACACGACAACUAUAGGUAUAUUCAUUGAAAUAUAUAUUCUUUUAUUUUAACUUGAUGCUAUGUUCAUUUUGGGCAAAAUGCUAUUUUGUGUUCCAAAUAUUUUCCUUUUCUUAUUUUGAGCACUUAUUAAUAUAUGACAUGUCACUUGUGUAAGAGUGUAAUCUAAAACGGAGUUGUUCAAUUUACAAACAAUUUUCAAAACUAGUUGAGUGUAGCUCAAAUGUACAAUCAGAUAUACAUUUAUUUUGUGAGUCCUACAUUUGUUGGCUUUUCAACUAUGUAAUUUUUAUGUGCAUUUUUGUACAAUUGAUUGUCAUAGCAUGCUCUUCCAGAGACUAUACUGUCUUUGUCCUUACGAAAAUACACUUCCUAUGGCAUAAUCUUAAUUAACAUUGUUUUGACCCCAAUGUUUUUUUUCUUCUCACAACCAAAAAGUCACGUUUGUGAAAAUGGAGAAUUGACUGGGAAAAAAGAAGCACUUGUCUUGGUUUUCCCCUUAGAAAAUUCUAACAAACUAGUACUAGAAAUGAGCCAUUGUUAGUACUAAAGUUCAUCAUGUCCAUAAACAUUGUACUCCCUGGCUGUAAUUGAUCCAUCUCCAUUGUUGUCACUCUUUUGGAAUAUGUCAGCCAGUAUCUUCUCAUAGAAGUCCUCAUCAUGUUGACCAUCACCUUUCUCAUACUCCAUCUUCAAGUAUGCUUUGACCUGAUAUAGAAAGUAGAAAACAAUGUCCAAGUGCCUAGUGAGAAGAUUGUCCAGCUCCCAUAAAUCCUACUUGUUAAUGAUUAAAGAUAUUAUAUGGUA